CCGCUCCUCCUGCCGGCUGGCCGCUGCCUGCCUGUUUGCUGCGCGGGCCGGCCUGUCCGGCUGACUGGUGGCACUAGCGGGGCGGGGAGGAUGAGGACGGCGGGACCGGGCGGCAGCAGCACAAGCAGUAACAGCAGCAGCAGCGCAAGCAGCAGUACCAGUAGCCGCUGCCGCCGCGGCGGGGCCGGUCACUGAGCCGAGGAGCACCGCGGCGGAGGCAGGGCAUGGCGUUGCCGGGGGAGCGCGGCGCGGAGCCCCAGCCCGGCGCCUCCCGCCCCGCCGAUGAGGAGGAGGACGGCGGCGGUGGCGGGGCCGGUGGGCAGCCGGAGGCGCUGUCGCUGGAGGAGAUCCUCAGGCUUUACAACCAACCCAUCAACGAGGAGCAGGCGUGGGCCGUGUGCUACCAGUGCUGCCACUCGCUGCGGGCCCGCGCCCGCCGCGGCGAGACCCCCGCAGCAAGGCUGGGGGCGGCCGCCCACCUUCGCGUCUGGCGGGACGGCGCCGUCACCUUGGAGCAGGGCGAGCCCCACCGGCCGCCCCUGCCCGCCGCAGAUAAAUCGGGCCAUUUACACUGCACAGAAAUGGAGGUUAUUGAAUCACUAGGGAUUAUUAUAUAUAAAGCCCUGGACUAUGGUUUGAAGGACAAUGAAGAGCGGGAAUUAAGUCCUCCAUUGGAGCAGCUUAUUGACCACAUGACUAAUACCACAGAAACAGACGGGAGUAGGGAUGAAGGAUAUGAUGCUCUGGAUGAAGGAGUGGAGGAUGACGAUGAUGAUGACAAAGACGAAGUUGAGGCCAUUCAUUCCUAUAAAGAUGUCAUGAAGCUGUGUGCUGCCCACCUGCCAACCCGAUCAGAGGCGCCGAACCACUAUCAAGCAGUAUGUCGGGCUCUGUUUGCUGAAACAAUGGAACUGUACACUUUCUUGGCCAAAAUUAAAAGUGCAAAAGAGAAUCUGAAGAAGAUUCAAGAAAUGGACAAAGAAGCAAGUGAUGAAUCCAGCACAGAUCUUGAUGACUUAAAAAAUGCUGACUGGGCUCGUUUUUGGGUACAAGUGAUGCGAGAUUUACGGAAUGGUGUUAAACUUAAGAAAGUUCAAGAGCGUCAGUACAACCCGCUCCCAAUAGAAUAUCAGCUCACACCCUAUGAAAUGCUGAUGGAUGAUAUUCGAUCCAAACGCUAUACGUUGAGGAAGGUCAUGGUCAACGGUGACAUUCCACCUCGAUUAAAAAAGAGUGCCCAUGAAAUAAUCCUGGAUUUCAUCCGAUCACGACCUCCAUUAAAUCCUGCCUCGGCAAGAAAACUGAAACCAACCCCACCACGGCCACGCAGCCUUCAUGAAAGGAUACUGGAGGAGAUCAAGGCAGAGAGGAAGUUACGUCCAGUCUCACCUGAUGAGAUAAGGCGUAGCAGGCUGGCAAUGCGGCCACUUAGCAUGUCUUACAGUUUUGACUUGUCAGAUGUAUCUACGCCAGAGGCUGGAAGAAAAUUAGUGGAUGCCUCUGUAGCGAACGGUGGCCUGGCACCACAAGGAAAGCAGAAUGGGGCCACACAAGUGACAGUACAACGCAAGAGACUCCUUAAGGCUCCCACGUUGGCUGAACUUGACAGCUCAGAUUCAGAGGAGGAAUCGGUGCACAAAUCAGCGAGUAGCAGCAGCAUCUCCCCCUCACAAGUGGAAGACCCCUCUCAAGAAGGUACCAGCAGCAGAAAGAUGCCUCCAAAGUUCUUGCCCAUAUCAUCUACACCACAGCCUGAGAGACGACAGCCACCUCAGAGACGACACUCCAUUGAAAAGGAAACACCAACCAAUGUGAGACAGUUCCUACCACCUUCAAAACAGAGCUCCAGAUCACUUGUUCCUAGGAUAACCAGUUUAUUUCCAAGGAUGACUUUCAGACCACUUUUUUCAACUAUGCAAACAGCUUCUCUGCUCAGCUCUCAUCCCGUUGAAGCAGCCAUGUGUGGGGUGGCAGGGGCUAUGUACUAUCUCUGUGAGAGAGCUUUUGCCAGCAGGUGGAAACCCGCAAAGGAGGAGUUCUGUUACCCGGUGGAAUGUCUGGCUCUGACGGUGGAGGAGGUCAUGCACAUCCGUCAGGUGCUGGUGAAGGCAGAGCUGGAAAAGUACCAGCAAUAUAAAGAUGUCUACACUGCUCUCAAGAAAGGAAAGCUCUGCUUUUGCUGUCGAACAAGAAGGUUUUCUUUCUUUACCUGGUCUUACACUUGUCAGUUCUGUAAGAGGCCUGUAUGCUCACAGUGUUGCAAAAAAAUGCGGUUGCCGUCAAAGCCAUAUUCUACUCUCCCCAUCUUCUCACUGGGACCUUCAACCUUACAAAGAGGAGAAAGCUUUAUGAGGCCAGAGAAACCCUCUACCAGUCACCACCGAUCAUUGCGAAGCAUGUCCAGGUUGACCUCAAGGUCCAAAUCUGUGGAUAAGUCACAUGAAGAGUUUCCCAAAGAAUUAAUGGAGGACUGGAGCACGAUGGAGGUGUGUGUGGACUGCAAGAAGUUUAUUUCAGAAAUCAUCAAUUCAAGCCGGCGCAGCCUAUCUCUGGCCAACAAGCGAGCCAGGUUAAAAAGGAAAACGCAGUCUUUCUACAUGUCAUCGCCGGGAACCUCUGAAUACUGCCCCUCUGAAAGGACUAUCAAUGAAAUCUGAGCCUUGUGCCUUUUUCUUUGCUUUUGUCUUCAUGAGGUCAUCAUCCAUGAGCAAGGUCACUGAAACUGGAUUAUCAUUCCGUUGCUUCAUUGCACUUGACUGGCUUGAAUUUGCAUUAGAUCACAGGAUUUCCUACUCUGAUGGUUCCCAGAGGCACAGAAUGCUAUGUUUAGAUCUGUGCAGAAUGAUACGCAACGGGUCAGCUGCUCACACUGGAAGAAAAUCAAUAGUUUGAAUUUGUUGCCUCUUUUGUAUGUGUGCAUUGAAACUAGAAAGCCUUUUCUUGCUUUCAGUCUUUUUUUAAACCAUGCUUCGAAUCAUUUUUCAGGAGAUGAGCUGAAAAUGUAUAUUUAAUGGAGAACCAAAUCUAACAAAGUGUCAGUGUUAGCACAGUAGCAAACAGUAAGUCAUAUUGGCAUUACCACCCUAGUAAUGCUCACGUCCUAGUUGAAACAGCAAAGAGUCGUAUCGCACACCAGACACCGAGUGUGAGCGACUGCAGUCAAAACCAUCUUUCUUCAAACUGUUUCAGUUAUUCUGAGAUCACGGUUCAGCACGGGACUCUACAAUGUAUGUGUCCUAGGGCAAAAUACACGAUGAAGCUGUUUGCCCGUGUGGUUGGCCAUGCCUCUGAGCUGCUGUACUUUUCAAGCCUUAGUGUACUUCUAAGUGUCUCCUGAGCAGGUUUUAGUAGUUUACUUUCUAUCUUGAAUGUAUGAUGAUGACUACUAGUAGCAGUGAAUUUUAGUAGUAGACAGAGUUGUACAGUUUAUGGGGAGGAUGGGAAAUAAGGGAGGUUUCUAAUUUUAACUGAAUACCUGUAAAGUUGUUCUCAUGGUUGCUCAGAGAAAACAGUGGGUAAGGUGUACAUUUGUAUUAUAAUGGAGCACACAAAUACUGCUAUAGUUAUGUCUGACAGCAUAUCCACUGAUAACCCCAUUUUUUCUGGGGUUUAUAACUUGGCUGUAAAAAUUCGUGUUCUGCUGAAAUUUGGGACAGUGCUGUCUCAGAUUGGGAGCAAUCUCUCUUUUUUUUUUCUUUAAUCUUUUUUCAUUCUUUUUCCCUUCUUAAUUCACUCAUGAAAGAGUGCUAGACUAGUUGUUUAGAAGUUCCAAUGAUGUUGUAACAUUAACUGACAUCUCACGCUUUUUGCACUUUUUUUUAUAUUCAAAAUACUUUUUUUUUUAAAAUUCAGGCAUAGCCGGAGCUUAGUCAGUAAUUUGGGGCCAGAUCAUUUUGGUAUUUAAAAACAAGCUAACAUAGCCAAGUUAUUAAUACUUGAAAAUCAACUACUGUAACUUUUUCAUAAAUUUUUUAAUACCCUGAGGCAUAUUUAAUGUCUAUAUAGCAGUGUAUUAUAGAAUGACAUAGCAGAAAAGUUUCAGAUCUAUUUAUUAACAUUUCUAUACUUCAGAUUAAUGAGAGAUACCUCAGAACUGCUCCAAAGUAGCUGGGACUGGAUUUCCAUACCAUGAUUUUAAAGAUGUAUUAAUCAAAACAGAUUCUCCUGUCCAAAUCUCGUGCAUCAAAAAGCCCGAGAGCAGGCAGACGCCCCGCCAGCCCUGGCAAGGCACGGUGCCGAGGCCACGGGGCACCAGGGGUGGUUGGCUCCCGGUGGUAGCUGGGCUCUGGUCCCGCUGCGGGCUGCCUCCUGCUGCCCAGGGGAACGAGGCUUCCCCUUCAAAGUGUAUUUGCAUGUUACAUCGCAGCCUGCGGAGCAGCCACUCACAUCUUUUACUUUGAUUUGAAAAGCACGUGCAAAAGUCUCCUUAAACCUUCCCAGGGACUCAUCCAUCCUUAUUUUUCUUUGAAUACCCCCUUGAAAAAUGAGAAUUUUUGCAUGUGUAGGGCUUAUUGAAAUAAUGUUUUUAAUUUUUUUCAGAACCAAUGACAGGAAAAGCAGGGCUCAAGGCUAACUCUCCCUCUUAGCUGUCCCGCAUAAGGUCAGCUGUCAUGGCCCUCUGCUCGGGGUACCUCUGGAAACGGGCAUCUUAAAGCACCUGGAGUGCUGGUGUGGGAUAAGGACGUAGGAUUGCAGGAGGUGAGCAGCACACACAGGCUGACUUGAAAGCUCUGCUGUCGCUGGAUGGGUCGCCUGAUCUCAGUCACAUCAGCACUUUUUCUUGUUUCUGUGCCAAAACCAGGCCGUGUGUUUGCUGCACAGCGCAUCACGAGAACUAGACUGAAAGAAAUGCAUGAAAUCUCAUUUUCAAUUGCCCCUGUUGUUGCUUUUAUCAUUUUCUCCUGGAAAUGCCCCAGCCAUGUUACAAUCACUCGAUCCUUUGCUUGCUGUCCUCUGCCCUGGCAUCCUCAAGCCGCUGAGGUGCAGCAUAUCCAGCACGUCUAUUUUCUCCUUGGAGAGGGAUUUAGGACAUUGCAGAGCAGGCAGGACCAAGGACUAAGUAAAUCCUGAGUGUGCAAAGGGAAAUGAGUCCCUCAUGGCAUGCCUGCCCCUCCAGGCUGCUGACACGGGCUGUGGCAAGUGCCAGAAAGCAUGAUGCGAAGGGCUGCCUCCCUCCUCCCGACAAACCUCCCGUCCCUUCCUCUCUGCCAGAGUUGCUCCGCAUUAUCCUGGCAUUUCAUUCCACAAAAGAAAAA